AUUGCAGUGAAACGGAGGCUAAACUCUAGCGGGCGCUAGGGAUUUAGUGCUAAACUCUAACGAUUGUCGGGGAGCUCUAUUAUCACCACCAUCGAAUCUCGUGGUCUUGAUUGAGAUUUCAUGAUUCAUCAUAACAAUAAUAAGUAUCCCUUGUCGAUAUAAAUUAACAUCGGAAUCAAUAUGAUUAUUUAGAGAGAAGAGAUAAGUUGAAGAUACAUAGAUAUAUCACCCCACCGUCUCAUUCUCGGUCUCCGGAAUCCAACUGUUUCAUAAUUCUCUAUUGCGUUUGAUCCUCAAUUUCAUUGUCCUUGUUUUCUAGACACGUUCAGUCCGAAUGGGAGAUUUUGAAGAGUUGGUUCUUUUCAAACGAACACUGUAAUUGAAAAUACUAUACUAAUCAAACCUAUUAUCUUAACCUAAUAUUCGAAGCCAUGGCGGACGGCGUCCACGUUCUCGACGACUAUUACCUAGCCAUCACGCUACUCGUAACCAUCGCAUACCAGUUAUUCUUUUUCUGCAUAGCUUUUAGCUUCAAGUUUGACAAAUUAACAGACUUCGCCGGCGGAACCAACUUCGUAGUCCUCGCCGUCAUCACCCUAGCAUUCAGCCGCCAUCCCGACGCGCGGCAAAUCGUCGCGUCGGUCUUCAUCAUGGCGUGGGGCCUGCGCCUCUCGCUCUUCCUUCUGUACCGCGUGCUCAAGACGGGCAAGGACGACCGCUUCGACGACAAGCGCGACAAGUUCUUCCCCUUCCUCGGCUUCUGGGUGUUUCAGAUGCUGUGGGUGUGGACCGUGUCCCUGCCGGUCACGGUGCUCAACUCGCCCGCCGUCCGCGAGUAUGCCCCGCAGCCGUCUUUCGGGACGGGACGCGAUGUCGCGGGCGUGAUUCUGUUUGCCCUCGGGUUCGUUAUGGAGAGCGCGAGCGAUGUGCAGAGGAUGAUGUUUAGGGCGCGGAAUGAUAAGAGUGCGUUUUGUCACUCGGGGUUUUUUGGUUGGAGUCGGCAUCCGAAUUAUUUCGGCGAGAUUAUUAUGCAGUUUUCCAUUUACAUGAUAUCAGUCUCCGCCGCGGCGGAUGGUCCUGUCGGCGGACAAGCCUUUAAAGCUCUCUACGCCACGAUUUUAGGACCAUUCUUCCUCACCAUCCUACUUAUGUUCGUCUCAGGCCUUCCGCUUUCCGAGCGUCCUGGGGCGAAGAAGCGUUACGAGAACGGUCUGAACUGGGAUGCUUACCAGCGGUAUCUAAACCGCACUAGCAUUCUAAUCCCCUUUCCUCCCCAGAUAUACGAGAAGCUUCCCGUUUUCGUUAAGAGAACUAUAUUCCUUGAGUUUCCGAUGUAUGUGUUUGACCCGGCGAAACAUUCAGAUAUCACGAAAGAUCAACAGCCUGCGGCGGCAAGAGACGAUCAUCUCAGAAGAUCAGAAGAGAUAUAGGCCGUUGGAAAAUAGUUCAAAACGAUAUAGUUUGGGUAUCCUGUUUAUAUUGGAAGAAAACUUAUCAAAUGUUUAUAAUCCUAACUCGCUAAUUUACGCCCCUC